GGUCGACGGGGGAUCAGGAAGCCUCGUGGCCUAGGCUAGUGGCCCACAUUGCACUUGGUGGGUGCGCUGGCUUACCAUCUCCCCAAGUGGGAGAGUGGACGUCGUAAUUUGUGGUAGAGGGGGUACGCGUCCGCGCGGCCCCUGCCAAUUCUCGAAAAUUAAAUUUUGGUCCUUGACUUGCUUGGUUGAUGGGUCCCGAGUUAAGAUUUGUCGGUUCAUUUGGGCCUUGUUUCGUGAAUGAGUUCUCAAUUUGGACAUUUAAUAAUGAGGAUUGCAAACCCGCGCGGCCAAGCUUUAAGCCUAGGAGAGAAUGGCCAUGGCGUCCAGCAUCUGCCUCCCCUCGCCACUCGCUACGGCCGCCUCCGCCGUCCGCGUCGUCGCCUCGCGCGCUCCCACCUCUAACCCCGGCCGCCGCCUCCGUGGACUCCACUCUCACGCCCGCGCCGCCGCGGGGAUGGACGCCUUCCACGUGUCGUCGCCAGGGCGGGACGCCGAGCCGCUGCUCCACCCCGGGGCGGCCGCCACUCACCGUCGGCUCCGAGUGCGGACGCACGCGCAGGGCGCCGAGGAGGCUUCGGUGGGCGCCGGAGGUGGAGGCGCCGCCGCGGAGGCCGACUACUCGCUGGCGGCCAUCAUCCUCCCGUUUGUGUUCCCUGCAUUGGGUGGUCUCCUUUUCGGAUAUGACAUUGGAGCGACUUCAGGAGCGACCAUAUCUGUGCACUCUGCUACUCUCAGUGGUACCACUUGGUUCGGCCUCUCUUCCGUGCAGCUAGGGCUUGUGGCGAGUGGUUCACUUUAUGGUGCUCUUGGCGGAUCAAUUCUCGCGUACCGCAUUGCAGAUUUUCUAGGCAGAAGAGUAGAAUUGAUAACGGCAGCUGGAUUAUAUAUUUCUGGUGCUUUGGUCACUGGAUUUGCUCCUAAUUUUGUAGUUCUGAUCAUAGGCCGUCUCCUUUACGGAAUUGGCAUUGGUUUGGCAAUGCAUGGUGCUCCUCUUUAUAUUGCAGAGACAUGUCCUCCACAAAUACGUGGAACAUUGAUAUCCUUGAAGGAGCUGUUCAUUGUAUUAGGAAUACUGUUUGGAUACCUCGUAGGGAGCCUUGAAAUUGAUGUUGUAGGAGGAUGGCGGUACAUGUUUGGUUUUGGUGCUCCGCUGGCAGCUAUAAUGGCUGUUGGUAUGUGGACUCUACCACCUUCACCUAGAUGGCUGCUUCUAAGGGCAGUGCAAGGAAAAAGUCCUGUGGAAGACAACAAAAAGAAAGCAAUACAAGCCCUGAGAAGACUGAAGGGCCCGUCAGCAAGUGACAAGGUUUUGACAGAUGAGGUUGAAAAUAAUCUCGCCUCAAUUAGGGCUGCCUAUGCAGAUCAGGAAUCCGAAGGAAGCAUUUUCCAAGUAUUCGAGGGAGCAAGCUUGAAGGCCUUCACUAUUGGAGGAGGACUGGUUCUCUUCCAACAGAUAACAGGCCAGCCAAGUGUUCUAUACUACGCAACCUCCAUUCUUCAGACUGCUGGGUUUUCAGCUGCAUCUGAUGCUGCAAAAGUGUCGAUUUUGAUUGGGCUGUUCAAGUUUCUGAUGACAGGUUUUGCGGUGUUUAAAGUCGAUGAUCUUGGAAGGCGGCCAUUGUUGAUAGGAGGAGUUAGUGGAAUUACCAUCGCACUGUUGCUUCUAGCAGCAUACUACAAGAUUCUGAAUGGCUUCCCUUAUGUUGCUGUUGGUGCUUUGCUUCUAUACGUUGGCUCUUACCAGGUGUCGUUUGGUCCAAUAAGCUGGUUGAUGGUCUCUGAGAUCUUCCCGCUCCGAACAAGGGGACGUGGAAUCAGCCUUGCGGUACUUACAAAUUUUGGCUCAAAUGCUUUGGUGACAUUUGCCUUCUCACCUUUGCAGGGGUACCUUGGCCCAGCCAACAUCUUCCUUCUGUUUGCAGCCAUAUCGGUGCUCGCCCUUGUGUUUGUCAUCCUCAUCGUUCCAGAGACCAAAGGGCUGAGCCUGGAGGAUAUCGAGUCUAAGAUCCUGAAGUGAAAACACACACGGUGUAAAGCUCUUCAUGCUGAUUUUGUUUGUGUACGUAGUCCCUCCGUACUAAAAUAAGUGUUGCAACUUUAUCUAAAUACAGAUGUAUCUAUGAUUAAAAUAUCUAGACAAAGUUGCGACACUUACUUUAGAACGGAGGUAGUAUGUAAGUUGAUAUAGCUGUACAUGCAUCUGUAGUUCUACUACUAGUGACGACCACGCUUACACGGCCUCAUGUUCGUUCAUGCGUGUAACUCUGAUGCUGAUGUUAACAGUAUAUGUGUAAAUGUAUAUCUAUCGUCAAAGGGAAAGUCAAAUCGCCA